CGCCUCUACCUUCUUUACCAGCCCAGGCUCUCUCAGCCCUGCACGGUGCCGUGCGCUGCUCGUGUUUCAUCUCCCAGUCGCGGAGAGUCGCUGCCGCUGCGGAGUGGGCGUUCGGUUUUCGGGUCGUCAUGGCUGGCUACGAAUACGUGAGCCCGGAGCAGCUGGCCGGCUUUGACAAGUACAAGUACAGUGCUUUGGAUACCAACCCGCUCUCUCUGUAUGUCAUGCAUCCGUUUUGGAACACUAUAGUGAAGGUAUUUCCUGCUUGGCUGGCUCCCAAUCUUAUAACCUUUUCUGGAUUUCUGCUGGUUGUGUUCAAUUUCCUACUUUUGACAUACUUCGAUCCUGACUUUUAUGCUUCAGCACCAGGUCACAAGCAUGUGCCUGACUGGGUUUGGAUUGUUGUGGGCAUCCUCAACUUCGUAGCCUACACUCUAGAUGGAGUAGAUGGGAAACAAGCACGCAGAACCAAUUCCAGCACCCCUUUAGGGGAACUUUUUGACCACGGCCUGGAUAGUUGGUCAUGUGUUUACUUUGUUGUGACUGUGUACUCCAUCUUUGGACGAGGACCCACUGGUGUCAGUGUUUUUGUUCUUUAUCUCCUGCUCUGGGUAGUUUUGUUUUCUUUCAUCCUGUCUCACUGGGAAAAGUAUAACACAGGCGUUCUUUUCCUGCCCUGGGGAUAUGACAUUAGCCAAGUGACUAUUUCCUUUGUCUACAUAGUGACUGCGGUGGUGGGAGUUGAGGCCUGGUAUGAACCUUUCCUGUUUAAUUUCUUAUAUAGAGACCUAUUCACUGCAAUGAUUAUUGGCUGUGCAUUAUGUGUUACUCUUCCAAUGAGUUUAUUGAACUUUUUUAGAAGUUAUAAAAGCAACACUCUGAAACACAACUCCAUUUAUGAAGUCAUGGUUCCCUUCUUCUCGCCAUGUCUGCUCUUCACUUUGUCCACAGUGUGGGUCCUCCGGUCUCCUUCAGAUAUUUUAGAAAUUCACCCUAGAAUAUUCUACUUCAUGGUUGGAACAGCUUUUGCCAAUAUCACCUGUCAGCUAAUUGUUUGCCAAAUGAGCAGCACACGGUGCCCGACUUUGAACUGGUUGCUGCUUCCUCUCUUCUUGGUUGUGGCAGCAGUGAACAUAGGCGCAGUGGCCUCCCACCUCGAGAGUCUUCUCCUCUACGCGCUCACGGCAGCCUUCACUCUUGCUCACAUCCACUACGGAGUACAAGUGGUGAAGCAGCUGAGCAGCCAUUUUCACAUUUACCCCUUUUCAUUGAGGAAACCAAACUCAGAUUGACUAGGAAUGGAAGAGAAGAAUGUCGGCCUGUAAUCUCCAGGAAGUGCUGUAAAUAAUGCCUGUAAAUAUCCCAUCCAUCACCACUGAACUCAACUGCUCUGCCUGACAGCUGUGGGAGCGCAAUGUGUGGCGUGUGGACAGCAGGAGUGAACAUGGUCUGAGCUUGUGGAAUUUUGGGCUUUCUAACUCCCAACUUUAUUUUUUUAUAAAACCAUGAGACAUUUUGGUUAAGCACAGUGUACAUUAAACCAGCUAAAUGUUCCUAGCUUCAUGAGUCCAUAAUGUUCCGACUCAUACAGAGUUAAGGAUGCUUUACUUUUAUGUUUAAAGUUCCCAGAUUGAUUCAGGAACACUAAUAACGUUCGCAUAGCCACAACAUGUCCUAAUAUUUGAUACUUUAUAAAAGGUCUUUAGCUGUAGAAAUGGUUGGCAGCCCAGAUCUACGGUAGAGAAACAUCAAACAAGUCUCUCUGGUCCGAGAUACCAGCGAACACAGAACACAGAUUUGUACAAUUGCCAAAUCCUGGUUAUUCUCCCGUGGAGCUUCGAGAGGUUGUCUGGUGCCCGGCUAUUCCCGUGGCUCAGUGCUGAUAAAUUGUUUAAUUUUCUUUUAGAGAGAAGUGUUCCGUUGUUACUUAGUAUUGUGGCCCGUUGUUUAUUUGUGGCGUUUCCUCCUGUUGGGAUUGGGUGCCUGCGAGCCAUGAUUCUUGAGGCUGUGUUUGACAGACAGUCCCAUUCUCGUGGUACUUACGAGGCUGCAGAUAAAGGACCUUGUGAGAGAAAACUUAGACUGGAGUUAGGAACCCAGAACUCCAUGAUGACCACGAUUAGCACCCUGGCACUGCCUGGCCACCUGUCUGCUUCUUUCAUUCUCUCUCCUUCUGGGGGUGAGUUGCUGUGGUUUUUAACCUGACACGGGAUAAGAUAAGGCAGAGAGACAGUCUCUCUCCCCUAACUCUCCCGCCUCCCCUUUUGAAGAAAACUUUUGAUAUAUAUGCCUUACUGAGUAUUUACUCUUUAAGAUGACUCAGUAAUUUUUGAGGUUUACUGACAACACAAAACUCCCUUUAGCUGUAUUGUGGUUAUCUCAUAAAUCUCACCAUUUUAUAAAUGUGGACAUUCUCUUUCUUUGGACUUUGUCUUUAUUUAGUUUGGUGGUAGUGAAAUUUACUUGCUGGUUUUAUUUUUCCACUGAAUGAGGUUUGUGCUUAAAUGAAGAGUGUGUCUUAAACCCCUUUUUUUUCUGGGUAGGUCGCACUUGGAUAAGAUAGGCACCACUGUGUUGAUAUGUAAUUAAAGUCAUAGCUGUAUGUACCUACGAAUGUGACCAUUCUUAAAUAUUGUAGCUCAUCUCUUUGUUGAAUUUUUGUCUGCUGCUUUGUAAAAAGUAACUAAUUGAUGUUCCACCUGAGCGUUUUUAAGUUGGAAUCAUUGUCAUCAGACUGUUGAAACUGAGUGAGGAGCUACCCACAGCCCUGUGCUGGUUUUCACUGUUUGUAAGGCUUAUGUGUGUUUGGGGACUUUCUCUAAGACAAGAAAUGAAAGCAGACGUUGAUGUGGGAACUGGAAAGUGACUCUGUGUUCAUUAAUAAAUUGCCAUCAUGGAGGUCAGAAAACUAGCCAGUUACAUGAAGAUAACUGUGCUGUGUACUCGCGCCCUGUAGAACUGAAUUGGGCAACUCCAAGUCGGGAAAGAGCUUUGUUAUAAGGUGUUUGAUGAUCAUUUUACUUUUUUUUUUUUUUGGCGUUGUACACAGGAAUAAUCAUUUGUAUAAAAGAAAAUAACAUAAAUAUUUAUUGAAUAAUGAAUUUGAACCACAGACUUUCUUCACCUUGUACAGUAUAUUGAAGGAUCAUGUCCUGUAAUUUGAGGGCUCUCUCUCUCUCUCUCUCUCUCUCUCUCUCUUUCUUUUUUUCUUUCUUUCUCAGUGUAUCUGUCCUCUUCUUGUUGCAUCAAGUGGAUUUGAAAAAUGUUUUGUGCCCUUUGUUUUGUGUUUAGCACGUCUCUGUGGAGGUAAAGGUUUCUGUUUUAGGUAGUUUUGACACUGUUUCAGAAUCCUGUGGACUUGUGAACCCUCCCAGCCGCCUCACGUCCUCCGCCAUCUGCUGUCGCUGUGCAGCAGCGGAUGAGAGAUUUGACGCUCGGGAGCUCUGUGCGCCUCGGUCACACCCCUUCCCCUACACUUCCCAAACGUAAACAUUCUGGAAGCUUAUGUGCUCUAUUUGGGUGAGUUUACGCCACAGCCUGUCCCAGGUGACACAGAUGUCUUUUGGGGACCAGCUCACGGGCAGGAGCAUGCAUCCGUGCUUUCUGUGCUUGCAGAGUAGAGUGGCAGGCUAGGGGUUUGCGUUGUUACUCUGCUAGACCCAUGCUUCUCUUCCGGUUAUGGUAUGAAAAAGGCCCUUUCAGGCUUGCCAGAAAGUAAUCUCCCUGUAUCUGCGAGGGUGUAGGGUAGAAUGACAUUAACAGUACCUGGAUAGAGGCGCCACUUCUGAUCUUUUGAUUAUAUGUAUGAUCUUAUUUCAGCACACUGUUUGAAAUGGCCACCAUCACUUGUCUUGAAAAAUAGUAAUUGUUUAUAGGUUUUAGAGCAUUAGAGUAACUUUGAAGUAAAAAUAUAACUAAUUUUCCCCUGAUACUUCAAUAUUAUGAUUGAUAUACUUUUAAUUCCAAUUUUGAAAAGAAAAUGUUGAACAUGGUUUAGGAUGUUACAGUGCCUCUGCUAAUACUGCUGUGUGUUCUCUCAUGAGGCAGCUGGGGAGAGAGGUGUAUGUCAGGGUUAGCAUGUGCUAAGUUCAUGUCAAGAAUAUUGCUUGUGACUUUGAACCUGAUCAUUAAGGGAGUAUGUUGUAGUCAGAAGGCAUAUGGGUAGCACCUUGCUUCCCAAAGCAGACUUCAUCUCCAUGACCUAUGAAAAUAAAAAUAUAAAUUCUUUUUAAUUGGAAGUAUCUAAGUCUAGGACUGCGGCUCCCACUUUGUGAGGGUGGGUGGGGUCCAGACAGGACUCUCUGUAGCAGUAGCUGUCCUGUAACUCACGCGGUAGACUAGACUGGCUUUGAACUCUGCCUCUCUCUGCUUCCUGAGUGCUGGGAUUAAAGGUGUGUGCUUCACUGUCUGGCUACUUUCUCCCUUGAUAUUAUAACUUGAAACCUACUUGUAGCCACCACGUAGGACAGGGUGAGCUCACUGAGCCCUGACUUGGUUGCCUCCAGACCUUGCCACAUUCAGAUGGUCAAUGCCUUAUAUCUUUUCACUGGUGAAGGACUGGGAACAACCCCAGAGAAGAAAGUCAAACCUGUGGGUAGCAACUUUUGAGUUUGGGUCUCUCGAUAAGCCAGGAACAGAUAGAGAAAUCAUAUUGGUUGUUAGGGUGCCUGUGUUCAGAGUGGCCUUAUCUUGACCCACUUCUGGUCAGGCCUCUGUCUGUGACGUCAGACCAGAAUUUUCUUUGUCCCGUGAAAUGUCAUUUGGAGGCAGCAUGCCCUAUCUUGAGCAUCCUGUGGUGAGUGAUCUUAUUAUAGUUCGCUGCCCUACUCCAGCCUUUCGGGGAGAAUGCUGACUAGCAGGCUGCACCAAAGCACUUGAACGUGCAUUUAAAGUGACAUUCCUAAUAGUAAGCUGGUAUUAAAUUAAUCACUGUGAAACGAAUCUGUGAUGCUCUAGGACUUUUUAAAAGCUAGCAUGCAUUUCUGCUUGUCUCUUAUUGAUUAUGUAACCCAUGCGGUUUGUAUGUUUGGGGGUUUUGUUUUUUAAUCAUCUUCAACAGUAGUACAAAUGACUGGCAUUACAGCAGGCGGUGGCUUCAGGGCACGCAGUGAAUCAUAGUGGUCUAGCCUUUCCAGGGAAAGGGGUGAUGUGUUUGUUUCUUUCUUGCAUGGAGCUGUGGGAAUUGGGUUUGCUAGCUGCUUCAUUUCCCGAGUUUCUACCGUAUGAACUAAAUGUAACUUACUCUCCAAUCUGCAUGUUCGUAGUGUGCUUUGCUCUUUAAUAAACAGAUGCUCAAGAGAUAGUACACCAGCUGGUUAUUGUCUCUUGUCUUUUAAGUAGGAAUAUGUUCUUUUUUAUAGACAUUUGACAAACUCACGCUUAGAGUAGCAGGGGGAGUUUUGCCAUUUGGAGCUCUCUCACAGGCAGCCUGAACAAGGAUUUGUUCAUUCAGUGGAGAAGGCUGGGUUCCCAGGAUCGAAAGCACCACACGGACUGACUUUAGAGUAUUUGAGAAGGGCCCUCUCCCUAGGAACAUACCUUUAGGCGGCACAGAAAGGUUGUUCUGGGCUUUUAGGCUGUUUCUGUUGUCUUCCCUUUCAGAGAGCCCUUCUUAGAAAGCUGGACUACGUUUGGCUGUUUUUAUGACAGUUGGAUUGUGGCCAUUGAGAGUCUAAAAUAGACAGAGAAGCCAGUCCCCCCGACAGCAGCUCUAAAACUGAAAUCAGAGAUCACAUCGACUGUCCAGGGAGUGACUAAAUAAAUACUGUGGGUGUCUUCUGUCACAUUGGCUAUAGGAUCUUUUAAGCAGUUUCUUUGGGUAACAAUCAAGAUAAGCGUUGAUUUGGGUUUUUUCAUAAGCAAAAUAAUCCUUGAUGAAUUCUCAAUUUUAAUACUCUUGGUAAGGACUUUUAAUAUCUAGAGAAAAAACUCAUGACCUGGAACUUGUUUAUUCUGUACUUAAGGUUAAGCAGGCUAUAGAAGUGGCCUCUUUUACCUUGUCUGCAUCACCGACCUAUUGGAAUUACUGUUAUUCAUCAACAGGCUAGUGAUUAGUUCACUUCAACAUGUCUCAAGAAUGCAGAAUUUAGUGUUGAAUUCUGAAUUCUAGUUUUAGUUCAUUUUUCUUCUCUCUGGGUAGAGUGGAAGACAGUGGAGUCAGUGGAUGGCAGGAGAAAGAGAAUAAACUGCUGCUUCCCUGAGUAAGGUUUCUGUUCUGUGCUCAGAAUAUGUGGCAGCAGUUGUGGCUGUGGAGAUUAAUUUGGUGCCAUUACCACUAGAUUUUCUCAAGUCUUCUGAAGCAAGAAUAAACUUCCGUCCCUUCCAGGCACCUAAAAACUGGGAGCAGGUGUGUGUGUGUGUGUGGGGGGGUGCCACAAAGAAGGAAAAUGAUACCAGAGAGAAAAAUGAAAAGGACAUAAAAUCUUUCUCCUUUCAAGUACUUUUAGUUGUAGCUGACCUGUAUAGGACUUGCGGUGUUAAUAGUAAACUAAUAUAGCAUUUACUUAAUCUGGUUCCAUGUGCUCUCUAUAUAUACACAUUUAAUGUGUACACCUGUUCUCUCUAUAUAUACACAUUUAAUGUGUACACCUAUUCUCUGUAUAUAUACACAUUUAAUGUGUACACCUGUUCUCUGUGUGUAUAUAUACACAUUUAAUGUGUACAUCUAUUCUCUGUAUAUAUACACAUUUAAUGUGUACACCUGUUCUCUGUAUAUAUACACAUUUAAUGUGUACACCUGUUCUCUGUGUGUAUAUAUACACGUUUAGAAUGUACACCUAUUCUCUGUGUAUAUAUGAUAUGGCGUCUACAUGGAGUUUACUCUUGAUUAUCAGCCAGGUGGUAACCCUCAUUAGACUGUUGCUUGGUGUGGACUUGGUCCACACCUAAAGCCACUUUCCCACCUGGAGCCAUAGCCCUCUCUGCCCUGGGUCAUCUCAGGCCUUGAGAAAACCCCUUAAGUACACCACUUUCCCCUUUCUUUUCACCAGGGAAUUAGGAACCAGAAAGACUGGUUUAAGAAUGCUGGCUGCUAUCUUCAGGGUCGAGGUUUCUGGGUCUGCUGGGCCCUUUGGCUAGGAGGCAGCUUUGGGAGCAGUACCUGUGGACCUCAUCGGGGAGAUGCUUGCUCUUUGCCAAGGCAGAGCUCUGCAGCUUGCUUAAGUUUACUGGAAUGUUCCAAGUCUUGUGAUUCAAUGUAUAGUAAACUACUCUGAGGUGUUUGGAUGUGAUUUUUGCAUUUUCUGUGUCACUGUUCCCUGCUGCUAGUCCAGAUAAUCAAGACCUGUUUCUUGUCACCGGAUUCCAGAGGCCUUGACCUUCUCUGGAUUUAUGUUCAUGUCUGCUGCCGUGGACUCCAAAAGUUAAGCAGUGGGUUUUAGUUUUAAAUUGUUUAAUUCUUUUAUUGAUAAAUAUUUAUUGUAAUAAAAAUAAAAAUUUUUUAAA